AAACGUCUGUGAUUUGGGAGCAGUCACGCGCGGGAAGUGCACGUUCUCUUCGUUGGUACUGUCGUCACGUAUUUGUUCCACAACCUGCCGGCUGCAAUUUGACGUUUUAUUCGCGCUUGUUAAGGCAUAUUGCAGUUCGAACGCAGUUUUCUUGUAAAUUCAUCGACUCUUCAAAAAGUGGACCGUGAUCAGCAAUGGCAAAGGUUCCGGCGAUCGGCAUUGACCUCGGCACGACCUACUCCUGCGUCGGCGUCUUCCAGCACGGGAAAGUUGAAAUUAUUGCCAACGAACAGGGAAAUCGUACGACUCCCAGCUAUGUGGCUUUCACGGACACUGAACGACUCAUCGGAGAUGCUGCUAAAAAUCAGGUGGCAAUGAAUCCCAACAACACCGUUUUCGAUGCAAAGCGGCUGAUUGGACGACGAUUUGAGGAUCCUGCCGUCCAGCAAGACAUGAAGCACUGGCCAUUUGAUGUGAUCAGCGAUGGGGGGAAGCCAAAAAUCCAAGUAGACUACAAGGGAGAGGCAAAGACCUUCUACCCAGAAGAGAUCUCCUCCAUGGUCCUCACAAAGAUGAAGGAAAUUGCAGAAGCGUACUUGGGGAAGACAGUGACGAACGCUGUGGUCACCGUCCCGGCUUACUUCAACGACUCUCAGCGUCAGGCGACGAAGGACGCUGGCACUAUCGCGGGCAUGAACGUCCUCCGAAUCAUCAAUGAGCCUACCGCAGCGGCUAUUGCCUAUGGCCUGGACAAGAAAGGAACAGGCGAAAGGAAUGUCCUCAUUUUCGAUCUCGGUGGAGGGACUUUCGAUGUCUCCAUCCUUACCAUUGAAGACGGCAUCUUUGAGGUCAAAUCGACGGCCGGUGACACCCAUCUCGGUGGUGAAGACUUCGACAACAGAAUGGUGAACCACUUCGUUCAAGAGUUCAAACGCAAGCACAAGAAGGACCUGACAGUCAACAAGAGAGCCGUGCGUCGUUUGAGGACAGCUUGCGAAAGAGCGAAAAGGACGCUCUCGUCAAGUUCACAGGCCAGCAUUGAAAUCGACUCCCUUUUCGAGGGCAUCGACUUCUACUCCACAAUCACUCGUGCGCGCUUUGAAGAACUCAAUGCUGAUCUCUUCCGUGGUACGUUGGACCCCGUUGAAAAGUCCCUGCGCGAUGCCAAACUCGACAAGUCCGCCGUCCACGACAUCGUACUCGUCGGUGGAUCUACGCGCAUUCCAAAGAUCCAGAAGCUCCUUCAAGACUUCUUCAACGGCAAAGAAUUAAACAAGUCCAUCAACCCAGACGAGGCCGUUGCAUACGGUGCAGCCGUGCAAGCAGCAAUCCUCAUCGGCGACAAAUCUGAACAGGUUCAGGACCUCCUACUCCUCGACGUCACUCCCCUAUCCCUCGGCAUUGAAACUGCAGGCGGGGUGAUGACCAUCCUCAUCAAACGUAACACCACCAUUCCAACGCGGCAGACGCAGACCUUCACCACCUAUUCAGACAACCAGCCCGGAGUGUUGAUUCAAGUAUUUGAAGGCGAACGAGCGAUGACCAAAGACAACAACCUCCUUGGCAAGUUUGAGCUGACUGGUAUUCCACCGGCUCCUCGUGGUGUCCCUCAGAUCGAGGUCACAUUCGAUAUCGAUGCUAACGGCAUCCUGAACGUGUCAGCCGUCGACAAGAGCACGGGAAAAGAAAACAAAAUCACCAUCACGAACGACAAGGGACGCCUCUCCAAAGAAGACAUCGAGAGGAUGGUAAAAGAUGCGGAGAAGUACAAGGAUGAAGAUGACAAGCAGAAGACCCGGAUCUCUGCAAAGAACACGCUGGAGAGCUACGCUUUCAACGUCAAGUCAACUGUGGAGGAUGAAAAGCUGAAGGACAAGAUGACAGAAGACGAUAAGAAGAAAAUAUUGGACAAGGUUCAGGAUACUAUCAAGUGGCUGGAUGCCAAUCAGCUUGCAGAGAAAGACGAGUACGAACAUCGCCAAAAGGAGCUUGAACAGGUAUGCAACCCAAUCAUCACAAAGCUGUACCAGGCAAGUGGUAUGCCAGCUGGAGGUUUCCCUGGCGCCGGAGGGGUACCAGGAGCUGGAGCUGCGGCAGGCGGCCCCACGAUUGAGGAGGUUGACUAAGAGGACUGAUAACGGGAAAAGACCGCUAGUGUGCUUGUGUUCCAUAACGACCACGUCACUGAAGUAUUGGGAAAAUAAAAUGUUCGACUCUCCA